AUGUUUUCCUCUAGCCCAAUCUACUAUCCGUCGACCCCAUCGACCCUUCGGAAUCCACUUCAAUACCGGCCGUUGAACUCAUCACCACUCGCAGAGUCGCCAGGGAAGUCUUCUCCAGUGGCAGCUGCACAAGCGCGCCGUCGCUCUCAAUACAAGGCCCACGCGCCGACGACUCCGUCACAAUCGCGUACCUCUACUGGGUCGCGAAACGGAGAUCGGAGGGUUGACCUCGCUAGCUACUCGGGAGGGUCGGAAGAAGACUCGCAGAAAGCUUUCCUGAGAGGCCGGUUCAAAGCCCGGUGUUUCGAACGAGCAGUGAAGGCUAGAGACAAGGCUAUCAGCAAAAAGAGGCACAGUGAACCCAGUAGCGAUGACUACUCCAUGGACGCCGACGAGGAAGAGGAUGAUGAGACCAUCAUGCAGGACGAGCUUUUCCGAAGAAUCAUGGCGAACGCCAGUAGAAAAGUUCGUCACGAGUAUCGCUUGUCCUAUGCCCAGGAAGUUGGCUCUUCUUUUGACCCGGACAUGGAAGAUAUCAAUUCUUGGGAGCGAGAGUUAACGGCUUCCACCUCCGCCAAUCCCCAUGGCGCUUCGUCGGGCAUGACUUCGACCUCGACUUCGGGUGAUGCCUUUUGGAACCCAUUCGAGGAAGAGGAAGAGCUUACGCCUGCGGACCUUGACGACGAGGAGCUAGAGGUGUAUGCUGAAGAAGCUGCGCAGAGAGCAGCCCUGGCCGACUUUGAAGAUAUCCCAGAGGAUGAACUGUUCAGCGCCAGUUGGAGCGACGGCGAAGACUUGGGCAGUUCAACCCCGGAGGCGACCAUCCGCCUACCACAAGACACGGACAUGGACAUGUCAUAG